AUGUAUACUCAACCGCCCAACCACAGCCCAAGACAAUCGCCUGAUGAAAAGACUAAAUGGCCAAGGCUAGAAUCGCAUAAUUGGCGGUGGUUCGAAGCGACUAUCUGGUCGGCACCGUUUCCUGCCAGCCAUAAGAACCAGAUGAGCAUGCGGCGUUUGUUGAACAGCACAGCACGCACGCACGAGCGCAAAGAACAGAGUCAGACGGGGGAAGCUGACGCCAUGGCGACAUCUUUCUCUCGGCUGGGAGGCGGAGGUAUUAGCUUUCAUAUCCGGUCAGUCAUCAAUAAUCAGCUGAAUUCUGCUCCGGCUAUCGUCUUAGCCGGGCGUGGGAGAUCAACUCAGGUCGCAUCCUCGGACCUUUUCGACAACGGUGGGCGUCACAGCAACGAAUCGUGCCCGUUGACGGUGCACGGGAAUCCCAGGCAGCUAACGAGGUUCGCAUGUGGCCGCCACCAAGACACAACCGCCCAUGCCGUAUCGUUUCCGGAAACAAGCUUCUCUGGUAUAUUGCAGGACGUCCGGAUUUGGAGGAAACCAUCUUACGGCGCAUUGCGAAGGUUUCGGAGAACGCAAGCUGAAAAGAAGGCGGGGGUUGUCCCACGAAAUAUAUAUAUAUGUGAAGGUGAUGAUGCGGGAGAGAAUCCACGGGACGUUGGAGGAUUAAUAGACAUUGAAGAUCGAAGAGGAUGGACGGAUGCAACGCCGGAAGGGGGGGAUCCGAGAUUGGAAGGAUUGCGGGAGCGAGAGGCCAAUGAUAAAGGCGGAUUGUUGCCCGCCGGCAAAGCAUGUCUUUCACCUGCCUGCUCUCUAUCAACCACAUCUCAUCGCGUCAGAAUCCCUCAGCAGGUCAGAUCUUGCCAUGAAUGUCGGAAAUGCUUCCUUCACUUGGCAUACUUCCGGCGCGACCCGCUCGGUAUAGACAGGGAUGUCUGUAUUGUGUAUGCGCGAUGGCGGCGCACCGGAGAUGCCCGACGAUUCAUUGAUAUGCUUCCCACGGCCAAGGAAAGGUGCAGAUUGUCGCUCGUCCCUGCUCAAAAGAGUCGUUUUGAAAUCUUCAAACGGGAAACAAAGAAGGAAGAAACGAAGAAGAUUUUUGGAGACGAGAAAAUUUUCCAUAUUUUCAAAUUCCGCAAUCGACACGGCGUUGGACCAGCAGAUCUGACUACGGUGUAA